ACUUCCAAGAUGGCCGAACAGAGGAACGAGCAUGACGAGCCGAGUUUGGCAGAAGUGAUUCAAACUUCGCCCCCAAAAUCCAGUGUUGAGUCUGACAGUGUUGUGGAAACUGCUGAAAGAGAUGGAGACAGUUCCGAACUUGAUGAUCUUUUGGAUAGUGCACUGAAAGAUUUUCAGAGACCAACUUCACUGCCUCCUGACCAGAAUGCUCCUGAAAAGAAGCCAGAAAGAAAGGCCGACUCAAGUAGUGAAAAGCAAGAUGCACCAAAGGAGGCUCCGCCCCUCCCACCGGACCAGGAGGCCUUGUUCAAUCAGCUCUUCACGGGCGGGGAAGGAGCCGCGGACUUUGAGUCAGUCAUGACCAGCGUCAUGUCAGAGCUGGGCAAGGACUUCGGCCAGGACCCCGGCAUGAAUGACGAUCUGUUGGCCAAACUCCUGCAGAGUGGCGGUGCGGAGGCCUUUCCAGGCUUUGGCUCCACGACGUCAACAGAGGGCGCUGCCUCAUCAGGAAAAGAAACCCUCGACAGAACGUUAGGCGACACCAUCAACCGAUUGGUACAGAGUGCUCAAGACCUGAAGGACGGCAACAUCCCGGAGGCGGAAAUCCUCAAGCAGAUGGAGAACAUGCAUCUUGGAGACGGGGCGGAGAGCGAGAUGAUGCCCAUGAUGCAGCAGAUGAUGCAAAGCCUCCUCUCCAAGGAGAUCCUCUAUCCGUCCCUCAAAGAGGUUGUGGAAAAGUAUCCUGCGUGGCUUGACCAAAACCAAUCCACCGUCAAGCCAGAGGACUUUCAACGGUACAGCCAGCAGUUUGAACUCAUGAAGAGGCUGUGCUCAGAAUAUGAGUCAGAGACGGCGACAGAGUCCCCAGACGUCAAACAGCAGAGGAUGACGAGAAUAAUGGACCUCAUCCAAGAGAUGGAAGGACUUGGGCAGCCACCCACGGAUAUCAUCGGGGAAGGGGGUACCGGGCCUGGCCUACAGUUUGACAGGCAAGGGAUUCCCAAGAUACCAGGGAUGCCGGAGGGUGACCAGUGUAGCAUCAUGUGACGUCCGUCGCUGGUGGCUGAAUCGCCGGCAACGAUUGAAAUCAAGCAUUUCAUUUGGAGUGGUGGGAGACAGAAACAUUUAUUUACACAAGAUGCAAAGUUAGGUCUGUCAUGGACAAGCUCGUGGACACGCCAUCUUGAAUUAUGUGUGUGUUGGUUGGUUAUUGAUGGUAUUGAAUAACAUGUACAUUUAGUAACCAAGUGAGGGCGCUAUACCAAUACCCACAUGACAAGGUCAGCUUGGAGUCUAGUUUCCAUCUUAACUAUUUCUUUAAGUUUCUGUGAAGGGUAAUUUUAAACCUCCUCUUAGCAAUUGGUAUUCGUGCAUAAAGCUGUGCUUGAAAAAAAAUGCUAUCAAGUUUAUUCCUUGCUUUAGAUGUGCUAAUGUUUUCUUGUUGCCCGCAUUUGUACAUGGCAUUUUUAAAUGAACCGGGCGCAAAGGGGUUUAAAUACAGAGGGGCAUAAUCACAUGGUUGUAAUCAGGGCAAAUUACAGUACUGCUUAGAAGCAUUCUAGCACAAUUUUCUGCCUCAUGGCUCCAUUAAAAUUUGCCUCUGAUGAAAAGGGUAACCGUAAAUUAGAUUUUCAGGAGCAACAAUAACAGCACCGUCAACAGGAAUUGCAUCAAUACCAGCAAACAACAAACUUUGAACAGUGUGGGCCUGUUUGAUCAAGGACCAUAAUUAACCAUAAUUGGACUAAACUGAUCGAACGUAGGCUAGUCAGUGAUGGUUGGACCGGUCUAGUCAACUAUUUGGGACCAACCCUGUUGAGAUAGGUCACGCCAUUGGUUGCCAUAACCCGUUUUUAAUGGCACAGUGCAGAGAGGACCAAUUAUAAGAAAAAUGCAGGAAAAACGGUGCGUGGCUCGUAAAUGACCAUUUGCACUUUUGUUUUUGCUGUUUCGCCCUUCCUGCGGCCACCUUUUCACCCCUUCAGCCUAAUGACCUGACAACAGGUGACUACUUCGUUUGCACUUCAACUUCACUGCACAUGCCUUGGGUACGUCACAAAUCAACCACUAAGUAACCAUUGGUCCUUAAACGAACUUGCCCUGUGCUUUCUAAUGUGAUGUGUUAAUUUGAAAUCGGAAUAGUCGCUUUUGAUUUUAGUUCAUUUUGCAGUCACCAAUUGAUUUUGGGCUGAAUUAUUUUCUUUAUUAAAUAUUUAUACUUAGCAGAAGAAGGGAAAUGUGCCAUUUAAAAUUUAUUUCACCAAGGAAGUUUUGAUCAUUAUGUAAUUAUCAUACAUUGGCAAACUUUGUCAACGGCGAGUGUUUUCUCUUCGAUUUUUGUCCCCCGUAAGCUGGUUUGUAAUUUUUCAGUAAAUUUUGUUUCUUAACAAAAUUUAAUGCCCAAACUAACAAUGCCAACCAAAUCAAAUUGCAUAGUUUUACUGUACAUAGUGGACAUUUUUCCUUAUGAUAAAGGAGCGAGAGAUUUUGGGGAGAGGGCAGCUAUCAAGAAAGGGAGUCAACUUUUACUCAUUUAUUUUCCCGUUUUUGGAUAGCCUGGGGCAUAACCCCCACUACAAGUAUUCCUCUCCUUGAUGAGCUUUGAAGGUUUUCACUGUGAAGAUGGCAAAUUAAGUAAAAGGUUUGCAGUAGCACCAUGCUAGGAUAUCUCUCUUGUAUGUGUGGGUCUGGAAAGAGCCAUACAUGCGAGGAUAUUUCUUUUGUACAGUUCUGAAAAGAAACAAAUGGUACUCUCCGGUUCUUUUCAGAACCACACAUUUUGCAAGGGAGAUAUCCUUGCGCAGUGCUACCCCAAACCUUUAGGUCUGCCAGUGUAAUUGUUUGUUUUGAUAUACACAAUUGAUUUUGUAAAUAAUCAUGCAAUAUAUUGUUUACGCAUAUUAAUUAAAAAGUGAACGGAUUUCAGCGCUUCCUUGUAGUCUUA